AUUUUACAGACUGUAGCGUCGUUGCCAUGGGCAACAUCACCGAGGCUACACAGUUUAUUUGGCAAAAUCAAUGUUACACGGUAACUCUUCUGCUCUGCAUUCAUAUCCAAACCGUGUUGCUCAGCGCGUAACGGAUGUCCACCUUUACAUUCUUUUAAAAACGAUGACGUCAUCUUUAAAAAAAAGGACAGCUGGCCGUGAAUUAAUCGUGUUAGCCGAUUAGCUUGCUAGCUAGCGUUAGCGCAUCUGCAUAAUCCCCUGCUUUCAGAUAAUCUCAGUCCUAAUUUGCACCGGUUUCGUCCUGUAAUUUAACCUUAUCUAGAUUUUCUUUUACCAAUUGUAAGCGAACAUAAUCAUAGUCGGAUAUAAACAGCACCCCGUAAUCUGGUCAAAACCAAAGAGUCGCCGGAUUUUUCUGUUAUUCCCCGACAAAGUGAGGACGAGGUGAAGGCUGAAGAUGGAGAUCCACCUUAACAGAGUCGAUUAUGUUCAGGUUGGAGUGACAUCUCAAAAAUCUAUGAGACUUCUUCCAGCUUUGGGGAAAAAGGCAACUCAAAAGGUUGCCAUUGCUGAUCACGAUGGGAUUCUGACAUGUUUUGGGAUGAAGAAGGGGGAGGCAGUGCCUGUGUUUAAAACACUCCCGGGCCAGAAGAUCUGUAGGAUGGACCUUGGAGGUGCUCUUGGGACUCCUCGGGAGAAGAUCUUUGUCUGCUCCGGCUCUCAGGUUCGAGGAUUCACCAAGAAAGGCAAACAAUUUCUCACCUUUGAAGCCAAUCUUACUGAAAGCAUCAACGCCAUGUAUGUCUCAGGUGCUGACCUUUUUGUGUGUGCAAGUUACAUUUACAAUCACUACUGUGACUGCAAGGAUCAGGACUACUUCCUGUCUGGAGACAAAAUCAAUGAUAUCACUUGUGUGUCCUCGGAAAAGCUCCCUCACCUCACGCCGGUCUUGGCAUGUCAAGAUCGAGUUCUGAGAGUCUUGCAGGGCUCCACACUUGCCUAUGACAUUGAAGUCCCCGGUCCUCCAUCAGUCCUGGAACUGUACAAUAAAGAUGCAGGGGAGGAGGUCCUUUAUGGAACUACAGAUGGAAGACUUGGACUUGUCCAGAUUGGCGAGCACUCCGCUGUGGCCAAGUGGGAAAUUGAUAAUGACAAUAAAAAAGGGGGGAUUCUCUGCGCCGACGCGUACGACAUCGUUGGAGACGGCGUGAAUGACAUCCUGGUGGGCAGAGAUGAUGGGACGGUGCAGGUUUAUGGCUUUGACAGUUCCAAUGAGCCCACCUUACGCUUUGAGCAUGUUUUGUCUGAGAGUGUGACCUCCAUCCAGGGAGGCUGUGUGGGGAAAGAGUCUUAUGAUGAGGUUGUCACUGCCACUUAUACAGGAUGGGUGACUGGUUUGACCACUGAAUCGCAAAAAACUGAGGCUGCUGCUGGAGAUGAGUUUAGGAUGAGCAAAGAGACACAGUCUAAAGUGGAAGCACUGAGAGCGGAGCUGGAACAGCUGCAGGGGAAAGUCCUGCAGGGACGUGAGCAGUACCAGCAGACCACUCAGUCCAGCACAGCCGUCUCUGCUGUGCCCGUGUUCAGCAUCAAUGACAAGUUCACUCUCUGCCAGGACGAUGCGAGCUACAGCCUCACUCUGGAGGUCCAGACUGCCAUCGAUAAUCUGCUGCUUCAGAGUGAUGUUCCCAUUGAUCUGCUGGAUGUGGAUAAGAACUCGGCCGUUGUCAGUUUCAGUGAAUGUGACCCUGAGCAACCCAACGGUAACUUUCUCCUGGCCACAUACAGAUGUCAGGCCAACACCACCAGACUGGAACUGAAGGUGAGGUCUAUUGAGGGACAGUAUGGGACCCUGCAGGCUUACAUAACCCCCAGGCUGCAACCCAAGACCUGUCAGGUUCGCCAGUACCAGAUCAAGCCUCUGUCCCUCCACCAACGCACCCACAGCAUCGACCCAGCCAGACCCAUGAACCGUCUUAGCCUGGUGGGGCAGUUCAGUUUUGCAGAGAUCCACUCCUGGGUGGUUUUCUGUUUGCCAGAGGUGCCAGAAAAAACACCUGCUGAAGACGACAUCACUUUCUAUUUUCGCAAUACUUUUCUGGGCACACAGCUUGAAGCCACCUACUGCAAAGGCGAAGGUCACUUCCAGUCCGACAACAUCUCUACUAUUUCUAUUCUAAGUGAUGUUCUCUCUAAAGAAGCAACCAAAAAGAAAAUCAAUCUCAACAUUUCUUAUGAUAUCAAUGAUGACUCGGUGAGCCACACUCUCAGAAUGAUUCAUCCAAAGUUGGAGUACCAGCUGCUGUUGGCUAAAAAGGUCCAGCUUGUUGAUGCUCUGAGAGAGCUUCAGGUUCAUGAGGGAAACGCCAGUUUUCUCAUACCAGAGUAUCGAAGCAUCUUGGAUGAAUCUGCCAGUCUUCUGGAGGAAUACAAGAAGCAGCCAGCACAUCUGGAGAGGCUUUAUGGAAUGAUCACUGACCUCUUCAUUGAUAAAUUCAAGUUCAAAGGCCAGAAUGUGAAAACAAAGGUGUCAUCUCUGUUGGAGAUUCUGGAUAACUAUGAUCUAAACUCUCUGUUAGAAUUUUUCAAUGAUGUUUGAGGUUGGAUGAAAUAAAAUCCAUUCACGUGUUCUGCUUCUAUGUUGCAUCUUUAUGUAAUGACAGUUAUAGUUUGUGUCAUGGUGCCAUGCUGUUUUCAGAAGCUGUCGGUUUCACAAUCCACAAUUAUUUCUGCUUAAAUCCAGACUUUAUAAAUUCCUCCAGGUAGUUAAUACAGACUCCUCUUUUUCAUUUAAUAACAUAUCACAGGUUCAUAGACAGAAAUCAAAGCUAAACGGACUGCAUUUCUAUAUGAAAAUCUCUGUGAGAAACUAUUUAAAAAUGAAAUAGUCAAAAGAUGUCAUAUGAUUUUUUAAAGAUCAGACCAUAUUAAACUAUGUAGAAAUG